AUGGUGUUAUAUGUUCAAAAUUCAUCUUUAAUUCGUCCACGUGGAUCGAUUAUAAUGUGGUGUGAUGAACUGUCAACAAGUGAGGCAUUAAUGGAUAAUAUCCAAGCAAUUGAAUUGGAUAUGUCUCAAUGUGGUCAAUAUGAUAAUUCUAUAGAAAAAUUAACAGAAAUAAAAGAUAGAUUUUAUAACGAAGAAGCAUUAUAUAAGCAUGAAUGGUACAAUCUUCAAAUCAAACCACCAAUGUAUUCUCAUGAAGACAACACAAGUAAAAUGUUAAUUGAGGAAAAAAUAAAGAGAAAAAUUAGAAGGUUAUAUACCUUACGUGGUUUAUUAUUAUACCGUGAUAGAAAAUAUCAAGAAGCACUUGAAGAAUUCAAUAAAGUAUUAGGUGAAUACAAUUCAAAUGAUGUUCAGCUUGAAUUCUAUACAAUAUUUGCAUAUGAUAUGCUUGGUGAAUACUCAAAAGCAAAUUUCUCUAUAGAGAAAUAUAUUGAAAAAUACAGAACAGACACAAAAAACAUCCAAAGUCAAUCGAUACUGGCCAAACUGAACGAUUAUUAUGCUAUAAUUCGAAAAAAUCAUGACAAACGUUUAAGGCAAGAAGCUGAAAAAUAUAGAGAAGUGAACUCAGCUUCAUCAAAACUAUUCAUGAAUAUGUGGCCAACUCAUAUAGAGUUCGCAGAGUUAAGUAAUGUUGCCUAUUGCAAACUUCGUUUACCUUUACUUCCAUUAUGGACAUUUAUCGAUGAAUGCAAUGAUAUACAGCAUAGUGGUUACUAUGGCAUUGCAGUUCAACAUACUGAAACAAAAGAAAUAGUUUUUGCCCAUCGAGGAACAGUUUUCGAUGUUAAUAAUGCUUCACUUAUUGCUGAUUACCAUUUAUUUAUUUUACAGAUUCCAGACCAAUUUAGAGUAGCACAACAAUUCACCAAUAAACUUCGAGAAAAGAUCGAUCCAAAACAAAUUCUAUGGCAUACUGGUCAUUCAUUAGGUGCAGCUAUUGCAGAAUUUCUUGUCGCCAAUGAUACAUUAUUCGAACAAAAACUUCUCUCAUUUGCUGUCACAUUCGAUAGUCCUGGUAUUAUGGAAAUUCUUAAAGCACAUUAUGAUCGUAAAAUGAUAAAACAUGAUUUACUAAAACCAGAUGAAUUUCGUAUAAUUAGUUAUCUCUCUGCUCCUAAUAUAAUCAAUACAAUGGGCACACAUAUUGGUCUCGUUCUUUCUCUGUCUCCACCUUUACCAUUGGCAGUAACAUAUGGUCCUUUAGCUAAGCGAUUUUAUGAUUACUUUACAACAUCAUUUCAACAAUUUAAGGGAAUCAUUGACAUAUUCGUCGAACAGCUGCACAAACAAUUACAUUGGCAUAAUUUAGGCACAAUAAUCGAAUGUUUCAAAGCAUGGCCAAAUGAAAAUGGACUUCCAACGAUUAUAAAACCUGUCAUAAAAUGGCCCAAAGGUCCUCAAGAACUUGUUGGUUUUAUUCAUUUAGCCUAUGAACAUAAUUUAACAUCACUAGAUAUUUCAUGGUAUGCUCAAAAUGACAUGGAUAAAGUUUUAAAUGCUUUUGAAAAAUGUAAUUAUAAUGUCGUUCAUAAUCCUGCAGAUUUACCGAUGGUAUUACCAUUAACAUUUUGGAAUCGUAAAGCACAAAGUUUUCUUAAACAAAUCAUUAAUGAUGAUUUUAAAAAAACAAAUGUAACAAAACAAUUAAGUCUUGAUUGUGAAUUAAUUAAAUUUAUUGGUAUCGAAACUAUGAAAAUUAUUAUCAAUAUUCUUUACUGGAAAGAAGAAACUCAUCGUUAUAAUAAUAUGGAAAUGAUUACUCUUAAUGAAUCUGCAAUUCCAAACCAUAAUGGAAAAAUGUACAAUAUUAAUAUGUUGACCAUAUUUAAAUUAUUUUCUCUCUUUGAUGUAGACAAUUGUCUAGUGAAGAUUAUUGACGAAUUUUAA